CCGCCACCGCCCGCCCUCGUUCGCUCGCGCUCCCCGCCCGCCGCCCGCGGUCCUCUGUCGGUUCUCUCCUCAGUCCGCCGUCUCCCGCGGAGCUGCCGGUCCUCGUCUCCGAGCUUGCGGACUCGUGGACAGGCGUCCUGAGCGCGAAGAGGCCGGACUCGGAGUCGUCGCCUUGAGCCUUGCAUCUGAGAACUUCCAGGUACUUUGUACAGCCACUGUCACGGAAGCUGUGUGUUUUUCAGCAUCUCUGUAAGUGCUAAGGUUCAAACCCAAGGCUUUCCACAUAUGCCAGAAGGAAGCACUGCUGCUGAACUACACCCCAACCUCAUUAUUGAGCCCUUGAAAAAUUAGAUUGUUUUGCAUUUUGUUUGGUGUCCAAGUGUCUAGAAAUGGUAGAAAGCUUGCUGUAAUCAUCGCUGUUUCUUCUGUAUAAUUGGCCUUUUGAAGAUACAUGAGCGAUGGCUGCCAUCAGGAAGAAACUGGUGAUUGUUGGUGAUGGAGCUUGUGGUAAGACGUGCUUGCUCAUAGUCUUCAGCAAGGACCAAUUCCCAGAGGUUUAUGUACCCACAGUGUUUGAAAACUAUGUGGCAGAUAUUGAAGUGGAUGGAAAGCAGGUAGAGUUGGCUUUGUGGGACACAGCUGGACAGGAAGAUUAUGAUCGCCUGAGGCCUCUCUCCUAUCCAGACACUGAUGUUAUACUGAUGUGUUUCUCCAUCGACAGCCCUGAUAGUUUAGAAAACAUCCCAGAAAAAUGGACUCCUGAAGUCAAGCAUUUCUGUCCCAAUGUGCCCAUCAUCCUGGUUGGGAACAAAAAGGAUCUUCGGAAUGAUGAGCACACAAGACGGGAGUUAGCCAAAAUGAAGCAGGAGCCGGUAAAACCUGAAGAAGGCAGAGAUAUGGCAAACAGGAUUGGCGCUUUUGGGUACAUGGAGUGUUCAGCAAAGACCAAAGAUGGAGUGAGAGAGGUUUUUGAAAUGGCCACGAGAGCUGCUCUGCAAGCCAGACGUGGGAAGAAAAAAUCUGGGUGCCUCAUUUUGUGAAGCCUUGUGCAAGCACAGCCCUCAUGCGGUUAAUUUUGAAGUGCUGUUUAUUAAUCUUAGUGUAUGAUUACUGGCCUUUUCAUUUAUCUAUAAUUUACCUAAGAUUACAAAUCAGAAGUCAUCUUGCUACCAGUAUUUAGAAGCCAGCCAUGAUUAUUAAUGAUGUCCGACCUGUCUGCCCAGCCAGGGUCUUUCUGACACUGCUCUAACAGCCCUCUCUGCUCUCCACCUGACACCAGGCGCUAAGGCAAAGAAGUUCUUAACUUCUUGCUUCUUUCUAGAAAGAAACAGUUGGUAACUUUUGUGAAUUAGGCUGUAACUACUUUAUAACUAACAUGUCCUGCCUCUCAUCUGUCAGCUGCAAGGAACUCUGGUGAGUCACUACUUCAGAGCUUUCCUCCUAACAGAUCCCAUUGGCAGAGCUCUGGGGAAGGCAUCCAGCUUUUUGAAAACUUGCUCAGCCAGAAAGGCCCAAGUCCACACAGCUGUGGCAGAGUUACAGUUCUGUGGUCUCAUGUUAGUUACCUUAUAGUUACUGUGUAAUUAGUGCCACUCGAUGUAUGUUACCAAAAAUAAAUAUAUCUACCCCAGACUAGAUGUAGUAUUUUUUGUAUAAUUGGAUUUCCUAAUACUGAUAUUUGUCAUUCCCACAGAAAGUGUAUUGUUUUCUUUUCUUUUCUUUUUUUUUUUUUUUUUUUUUAAGAAAGUGUAUUUGGAAAUAAAGUCAGAUGGAAAUUUCAUUUUUUAAAUUCCCAUUUUUUCACUCUAAUAAGAUAUGGCCAUAUCUUUCCUAUUCAACCCUAUAUAUCAUCCCAGUACCCCUUUCCAAACUGGACUAAGUAAAUAGGACUUUGGUUUCACGCCUGAGGCAGUUACUCCUUGGAGGUGGCAUGGCCUUUCUCACCUGACUGCAGGGUCUGGCUCUCUCUAAGUCACAGUGCUCCUUUAUCCACACUGUAUCCAAGUUGCCUCCCAGAGGAGCCACCAGUUCUUAAGGGUGGCAAGGGAGGUCUUCUCUUCUCUCCAGCUGACUAAACUUUUUUUCUGUACCAGUUAAUUUUUCCAACUAAUAGAAUAAAGGCAGUUUUCUAAA